CCUGCCACCCGCGCCCGCUCGCUCCCGUUCCGCAGCUCGCCGACCCGCUCUCGGCCCGCCGGUGUGCGAGGGAGCUGGGAGCCGCGAUGGGCCGGGCGCGGCUCCCGUCGCAGAGGGUGCAGGGCCCGCGGGGCUAGAGGCGCGAGUGGAGGCCCGGGGCCCGGUCCCCGCCGGCACCUCGGCCCUCCGCGGGGCCGGGCGGCGCCGCUUUCCUCUGAGCCCGGCCGGGGCUGCUGUCUGCGGGCGGCGGCGGAGGAGGGGAGUCGCUGGGUGGAACGUGCUGCUUUCCCAGGGCUCGUCCUUACCUGCACACCUGGGAGAGGAGCCUCCCGCUGCCCUUGCCCCGUCCUCCCCCCCGCCACCCUGCGCCUCCGUCUCCCGGAGGCAUCCCUGGGCCCCCGCUGCGGGCUGGGCUGAAGGUUGCUGCUCACUUGUUGCCUGAUACUUCCUCUCUGAUGGAGUCUGAGAUGCUGCAGUCGCCUCUUCUGGGGCUUGGGGAGGAGGAUGAGUCCGACCUGACUGACUGGAACUUGCCUCUGGCCUUCAUGAAGAAAAGGCACUGCGAGAAGAUCGAAGGCUCCAAGUCGUUGGCUCAGAGCUGGAGGAUGAAGGACCGGAUGAAGACUGUCAGUGUUGCCUUAGUUCUGUGCCUAAACGUUGGUGUGGACCCUCCUGAUGUGGUGAAAACGACUCCCUGUGCCCGCCUGGAGUGUUGGAUCGAUCCUCUGUCAAUGGGUCCUCAGAAAGCUCUGGAAACCAUUGGUGCAAAUCUACAGAAGCAGUAUGAGAACUGGCAGCCAAGAGCCAGGUACAAGCAGAGUCUUGACCCUACUGUGGAUGAGGUUAAGAAGCUGUGCACAUCUCUGCGUCGCAACGCCAAGGAGGAGCGGGUGCUUUUCCACUACAACGGCCAUGGCGUCCCCAGGCCAACGGUCAACGGGGAGAUCUGGGUCUUCAACAAGAACUACACUCAGUACAUUCCCCUCUCCAUCUAUGACCUGCAGACCUGGAUGGGCAGCCCUUCCAUUUUCGUCUAUGACUGCUCCAACGCCGGCCUUAUUGUCAAGUCAUUCAAGCAAUUUGCACUACAGAGGGAGCAGGAGCUGGAGGUGGCUGCAAUUAACCCCAACCAUCCACUCGCCCAAAUGCCUUUGCCUCCCUCAAUGAAGAACUGCAUCCAGCUGGCAGCCUGCGAGGCCAACGAGCUGCUCCCCAUGAUCCCGGACCUGCCGGCCGACCUGUUCACGUCAUGCCUUACUACACCCAUCAAAAUCGCUCUGAGAUGGUUCUGUAUGCAGAAGAGUGUCAGGCUGGUGCCAGGAGUCACACUGGAUUUAAUAGAGAAGAUCCCGGGCAGACUGAAUGACAGGAGAACCCCCCUGGGAGAGCUGAACUGGAUCUUCACCGCUAUCACAGACACCAUCGCCUGGAACGUCUUGCCUAGAGACCUUUUCCAGAAGCUCUUCAGGCAGGACCUGCUUGUGGCCAGUCUGUUUCGGAACUUCCUCUUGGCAGAAAGGAUUAUGAGAUCCUACAACUGCACCCCGGUGAGCAGCCCCCGCCUGCCUCCCACCUACAUGCACGCCAUGUGGCAAGCUUGGGACCUUGCAGUUGAUAUUUGCCUUUCCCAAUUACCUACAAUUAUAGAGGAAGGAACUGCCUUUAGGCACAGCCCCUUCUUUGCGGAGCAGCUGACGGCAUUCCAGGUCUGGCUGACCAUGGGCGUGGAGAACCGCAACCCCCCGGAGCAGCUCCCCAUUGUCCUGCAGGUGCUGCUGAGCCAGGUUCACCGGCUGCGAGCUCUGGAUUUGCUGGGAAGGUUUUUGGACCUGGGUCCCUGGGCCGUUAGCUUGGCGCUGUCUGUUGGCAUUUUCCCCUAUGUGCUGAAGCUGCUCCAGAGUUCAGCUCGUGAGCUGAGGCCUCUCCUGGUCUUCAUCUGGGCCAAAAUUCUGGCAGUGGACAGUUCCUGCCAAGCUGACCUUGUGAAGGACAACGGACACAAGUAUUUCCUCUCGGUUCUGGCAGACCCCUAUAUGCCUGCUGAACACAGGACGAUGACAGCGUUUAUCCUGGCUGUAAUUGUUAACAACUACAAUACAGGACAGGAAGCCUGCCUUCAAGGAAACCUGAUUGCUAUUUGCCUGGAGCAGCUGAAUGAUCCACAUCCUCUCCUGCGUCAGUGGGUGGCCAUUUGUUUGGGCCGCAUUUGGCAGAACUUUGACUCAGCCAGGUGGUGUGGUGUGAGGGACAGUGCUCACGAGAAGCUCUACAGCCUCCUCUCGGAUCCCAUUCCUGAGGUUCGCUGUGCUGCAGUCUUUGCACUGGGAACUUUUGUGGGCAACUCUGCUGAACGGACCGAUCACUCCACCACCAUUGACCACAACGUGGCCAUGAUGUUGGCCCAGCUCAUCAACGAUGGGAGCCCCAUGGUUCGAAAGGAGCUGGUGGUGGCUUUAAGUCACCUGGUGGUUCAGUAUGAGAGCAAUUUCUGCACAGUUGCCUUGCAGUUCAUGGAGGAAGAGAAGAAUUACCCUCUCCCUUCUCCAGCUGCCCCAGAGGGUGGGAGUUUGACCCCGGUGCGGGACGGCCCGUGCACGCCCAGGCUGAGGUCCGUCAGCUCCUAUGGGAACAUCCGCGCAGUUACCACCGCUCGCAACCUGAACAAGUCCUUGCAGAACCUCAGCUUGAAUGAAGAAUCUGGGAGCUCUGUUGCGUUUUCUCCUGGGAAUCUGAGCACCAGCAGCAGCGCCAGCAGCACCUUGGGCAGCCCUGAGAACGAAGAAUACAUCCUCUCAUUUGAGACCAUUGACAAGAUGAGACGAGUCAGCUCUUACUCUUCUCUGAACUCACUAAUAGGUGUGAGUUUCAACAGUGUCUAUACCCAGAUCUGGAGAGUGCUCCUUCACCUGGCUGCUGACCCCUACCCCGACGUCUCCGACCUGGCCAUGAAGGUUCUCAACAGUAUUGCCUAUAAGAUUAUGCAAGUGGGACUGGCCUGCAGACUGAAGCCACAACGGCUCUCCAACCCAGGUGAACUAGUACAUGCAACGGUAAAUGCUCGUCCCCAGCGCAUCCUCGACACCUCCUCGCUGACUCAGUCUGCCCCUGCCAGCCCCACCAACAAGGGCAUGCACAUCCACCAAGUCGGAGGGUCACCUCCAACCACUAGUACGAGCAGCUCCAGCCUGACCAACGAUGUGACAAAGCAGCCGGUCAGUCGGGACAUGGCCUCUGUCAGACCCGCCAACGUCGGCAGCGUGGGGGUGCAGUACACUCCCCACUCCCACCAGUUCCCCAGGACAAGGAAGAUGUUUGACAAAGGGCCAGAGCAGACCACUGACGACGCCGAUGACACCGUUGGGCACAAAAGUUUCAUUUCGGCCACAGUGCAGACGGGGUUUUGCGACUGGAGUGCCAAGUACUUUGCUCAGCCGGUCAUGAAGAUCCCAGAGGAGCAUGACUUGGAGAGCCAGAUCCGCAAGGAGCGAGAGUGGCGGUUCCUGCGCAAUGCCCGGGUCAGGAAGCAAGCCCAGAAGAUCAUCCAGAAGGGUAUUUCCCGGCUGGAUGAUCAGAUCUUCCUCAACAGGAACCCGGGCGUCCCCUCUGUGGUGAAGUUCCACCCGUUCACACCCUGCAUCGCCGUAGCUGACAAGGACAGCAUCUGUUUUUGGGAUUGGGAGAAAGGGGAAAAGCUGGACUAUUUCCACAACGGGAACCCCCGGUACACCAGGAUCACAGCAAUGGAGUACCUGAAUGGACAGGACUGCUCCUUGCUGCUGACUGCCACAGAUGAUGGUGCCAUCAGAGUGUGGAAGAACUUUGCAGACCUGGAAAAGAACCCGGAGAUGGUAACAGCCUGGCAAGGGCUGUCGGACAUGCUGCCAACCACACGAGGUCUGGCCCGAAGGGUUUCAAUCUAUCUUGACAGAAGUAAGCAGGGAGGAGCAGGAAUGGUGGUUGACUGGGAACAAGAAACCGGGCUCCUGAUGACGUCAGGAGAUGUGAGGAUAAUCCGGAUCUGGGACACAGACCGGGAAAUGAAAGUACAGGACAUCCCCACUGGAGCAGACAGCUGUGUGACCAGCCUCUCGUGUGAUUCUCAUCGCUCACUCAUCGUGGCAGGGCUGGGGGACGGCUCCAUUCGCGUCUUCGACAGGAGGAUGGCUCUGAGUGAAUGCCGCGUCAUGACCUACCGGGAGCACACAGCCUGGGUGGUGAAGGCAUACCUGCAGAAACAUCCUGAAGGCAACAUCAUGAGCGUCAGUGUGAACGGCGAUGUGCGGUUCUUUGACCCCCGGAUGCCAGAGUCCAUGAAGGUCCUUCAGAUCGUCAAAGGGCUCACAGCCCUUGACAUUCACCCACAAGCCAACCUCUUUGCCUGUGGCUCCAUGAACCAGUUCACUGCAAUCUACAACGGAAAUGGGGAGCUGAUCAACAACAUCAAAUACUACGAUGGCUUUAUGGGACAGAGAGUGGGAGCCAUCAGCUGCCUGGCUUUCCAUCCUCACUGGCCCCACCUGGCAGUCGGGAGCAAUGACUACUACAUCUCGGUGUACUCGGUGGAGAAGCGGAUCAGAUAGCGCUGGUGGCAGCGGCGCUGGAGCGAGUCCCAGCGGGCAGGGCCGUGGCUCAGCAUCAUGUACAUAGUGAAAUUAUCGACUUGAAUGUUUCGUGUUGGCUGCUGCUGCAACCCGUAACUUGAACGUUUCCUGACUCAGCUACUGAUGAUUUUGACAAGGGGAAGAGAGACAAUCUCCUUUUUUUUUGUUGCAUUUUUUGUUUGUUUUCCAGCUAUAUCCUCAAAGCUACAGAAAAGGAAUGUUUUAUUUUUGUUUCCAGUGGUUGGCUUCUCUGUUAGAAACACGGCUCCUGAGCUUGGAUGAGGCAAUACCCUUGAAAAGGGCUUUCUGCUUUAGUCUUCGUUUCUUUGUUUUGCUGGGGCGUAGGUUGCUCUAAGGACUGGAGUCAAGACUCACCUACAGCUCUGUGCAUUCAACCAGAUCAUGGGACCCCUCCAGCUGCUGACUGCCCUCUGCCAAACAGGAAUUCCUUGGACAGUGCAAUGAGGCCUGAGCUGUCUGUCUGCAGAGCAGCGCACAUGCUCCUGCACUGAGCGUCAGCGAGGGAGGUGGGAAAGUGUCUCCUCUGCAUGGGCCUCGUCCGCUCUGCAGCGUCCUCUCCAGUGGAAGCAAAGACAGAAAGAGCCUUGGUGGCAAGAGGAGGCAGAGAACCUGAGAAAAGGGCUUGAGGAGAUGACAGAAGCAGGGCCGGACGCCAGCACGCUGUAAUCAUGCACAUACAGGAGGAAGAGGGAAGAAAGAGACUGAGCAUCUCUAACAUCCCAACACACGUAGAGCAAGUCACUCUUUAAGCACUCUCCACCAGGUCACACAGUGGUGGGGGCUCUGGGGUAUCUUGGUCACUGUUGCUUCCAUGGUCACUGUCCUCUGCCCGUGAUGAACUCCACAAACACGUUGAUGCCUGGGAGCUCUGCCCAGCAGUGAGGGAGCCCCAGGGCUUCCAUUCAUUCUGAUGGGCUGAUACCCAGCAAGGUGAUGCUCAGGAGGAUUUGCACACUCACUGCUGUGGGUACGCAGCUGCACACACCGUGUGAAGGUGCCUGUGGCCUCUGUGUCCCAGCAGAACUGAGCACAUAACCACAGGUGAUGUGAGCACAAGAGAAUCACUAACGGGGGAAGACUGCAGGUCACCCUGCUUUGAGCAGAGCAGCUUUGUCCGAGCUCCCCAGCGGAGAGCCUGCGCCACCUCCCACACCUUCCGUGUCUAAUAGUGAAUGUUUCUGUCCCUUGAAAUCCAAGGUGGGUCUGGGGAAGGGGUGGGCAAAGCCAAAGGCCAGGUUCUCCCAGGUGCUGCUGAGGUGCGAUUCAGCUGGCCAAGAACAGAACUUGCGUGGUGCAGAGCUCACCAUGGUGACAAAGGUUGACCUGCGGAGUGCAGGCAUUCCCAGUUUCCCUUCCAGCUGGUCUGCAGGCUCCCAGCAGCCUCUGCCAGCGAUGAGGCUGCCAGAGACGUUCUCUCCCUGUGCACUGGAGGCUUCACCUCUGCCAUGGUGCCUGCACAGCGUGCCUGGCUCUGGUGAGGGUCCCUGAGCCACAGCAGAGGAGCCGAUGCUGAAGGCUGGGUGCUGUUGUCCUAAGCACUGUCACUGUCCCCCCUGGAGAAAGGAAACCAGGGGCCCCUUCACAGGAUGAUGAAUCAAAGGCUUUAAACAUAAGCAAAACUACCUAAAAGUCCACUUCUAAGUUACCAAAAGUGAAUUAUGGUCUAACAGAGCUGUGUCCCUUCCCAACCCGCUCCCGUGCUGCUCCGAUCUCUGUCCCAGCAUCUCCUCCACCCUGCCCAUGCCGGGGGCUGAUGAGCGCAGAGCCGGGGCAUGGGAUCUGCACGUAACCCAUUAACAUGCACAGCUUAGAACCCCAUAGGUUUUUAACUUAUAUCAGUGUCUUCUGAAGGGAACAGGAACUCCCUGGCAGCAGGCGAAGGUGGAAGCUGGAGCUCCCAAGAGGAGCUGAGGCCAGGAGGGGGGGGUUGAACUGCCUGGGCCUGUUGAGCUUUCAUCUGAGCGUGUGCGUGUUGCGGGCUGUUCUGGCACAGGUCUGCCGCAGAGGUGUCAAUCAUGAAGUUUAACCAAGGAUCCACAGAGCAUCCUACCUAAAAAGUUCACUUAUCUCUAUUUAUUUUACAAAAAUAAAAUAAUAAUGAAAAAUAUAUAAAGAACCCCACACGAUUGUAAUGUGAGAGUAAAACAAUUACCAACAAAUAAAUGGUUAAUAAAAAAUAAAUGCAGAAACA